CAGCAAUCCCUCGACACCUCCAGAGCUCGACUCUAAAUCACAUUAUUAUUCACUCAUAAUACAACUUUGAGUUGCAUAGAUGAAAUACUUCAUGCAUAUCUAAUUAUCAAAGACUCUUGGAAGUACAAAGUACUCGUGUCAGUGGGUGAUUAUGGUUCAUGUAUUUCCCACCUUUUAAAAGCAAUAGGUUUGUAGAGAUUCCUAAUGUCACAAUGUGAUGAUGUCAGUUCAGAGGUAGCACUACAAACAGAAACAGUGAUACAUUGAUGUGUAUAUGAUGCUAUAUAGACAGGGUCAUAUUAAAGGCAAGACACUGCUCAGAAUUACGGACGUGGGUUCAAUAAACUGAGCCCGAGUUCAUAUACUGACCACAUUGAAACAACAGUGGUGGUACGUCACAAUCCUCCCAGCUUAGCAUCGCUUAAAGCUCUAAAACUCUCCGUAAAUAACCCCACAACAUCUGGCCCAUUGCAAUCCAUUAGGCUUCCACUGCAUAGACAAGAACAUGAGACACAUAACCAAGUAUAAAAAUGUCAGUGGGAAAAAUGACAUGUUACGGGUCAAUCAUAAUCUUAUGUGUCCUUGAGAAAUGCACUUGUUUAGUCCACAAAUCUCUUUUCUACCAUUCAUCACAGAGUUUGGGUAUAGGACCUUACAUCCUAAGGAGAAAUCCUAAUUAUUGAAGAAAUCUCCUCCCAGCAAACUAUACUGCCACUGAGAAAUGCACUUGUUCGGUCCACAAAUCUCUUUUCUACCAUUCAUCAGAGAGUUUGGGUAUAGGACCUUACAUCCUAAGGAGAAAUCCUAAUUAUUGAAGAAAUCUCCUCCCAGCAAACUAUACUGCCACCAGUAUCGCUCACCGACGUGCUCUCUCUCUCUCUUAUUUCUCUCUCUGUAUCUGUUUCUCCUUCAAUUACUUACAAAAGGGAGGUGACAGGGAGUUAGUUGCAAGGAGUAAAUGCGCUUUAAGUAGGCUAUGCAGUGUAUCCACAAAAAUCUCAGUAAAGAACACUCUCUUUUUAAGACAGGGCCUUUUAGUAGGGUUCUAUAUUUAACAUCUCCUACGUAGCUUUGAUAUUACUAUAGCCUCUCCUAGAACCAUGGCGUCGCAUUGUUUGCAGAGCACUAAAUAAAAAAUAAAAGAAUUCUGUUAUUGUCAAUAGUACCCUGGCAUCGGGUAAUUUGCGGUCAGGUAAUUCCAUUAUGGAAUUGAUAAGCAUUAAACUCGCUGGCAGAACAGUGGUGACAUGCUAGUCAGAAGUGGCAGCGCGUCUCCGCCCACACCACACGGCACUGUGAAAUCUAUCCGGCGGCUCUCCAUCCAGCUAAUUCCAAGGUAUCGCUCACAGCUGUAUCUUUCGGAUAACGUAGUUGCCGUGCGAUGAUAGUUUGGCUUUUCGCACACACACGAAAUCAUCAACAGUAGUCAGCCGAGGCAUUCUUAGAAUAGCCCACUCCAUGGACAGGAGCAAAAGACGCUAGCUAGUCACAUGAGACGAUUUUCUCACGGAAGCUUUCGGGUUCACAAUGUAAUUCUUUCACUGCCGAAGGCCAAACAUGGUUCGGAACGUUACAGCAUUGUCAAAACAAAACAUCUCUGUGAUGCCUGAUAUCCUGCUUUGAAUCAACCGGGGAGCGAUUUUUGCGGUGCCGCAAUGGGAUUCCUUCACCAGCUCCAUCUCCUGUUAUGGAAGAAUGUGUCUUUAAAGCGGAGGGGACCGUGGGUGCUGGCCUUUGAGAUCUUCAUCCCACUGGUCCUCUUCUUCAUUCUGCUCGGCCUACGCCAGAAGAAGCCUGCCAUCCCCGUGAAAGAAGCCUUCUACAGCGCGGCCCCCCUCACUUCGGCUGGCAUCAUCCCCAUCAUGCAGUCCUUGUGCCCGGACGGCCAACGGGACGAGUUCGGCUUCCUCCAGUACAAGAACUCCACUGUGACUCAGCUGCUGGAGCGCAUCGGUGAGGUGGUGGAGCAGAACCACCUGUUCACGUCGGACCGGCCCAGCCUGGGCGAGGAGCUGGAGUCCCUGCAGCAGCACCUGGAGAGCCUCAGCUCGGCCCACAGCCCUCUGGAGAGCCAGUUCAACACCAGCCAUGGCUUCACAGUGGGCAGUGUGCUGAGGAACCAAUCGGUGUUCCACCAGUUCCUGGUGCGGAACUUCUCUCUAACCAAUGAAACAGCUAACCUGCUGCUCUCCUCUCCUGUCAAUCUCAAAGAGGUGUACAACCUCAUCUUCGGCUCCUAUGCCAAGAUGGGCAGUGGAGAUGGAGGACUGGCCGAGGGGCUGAGUGGGGCGCACGGCCCUGGAGAGAAGGUCCUGCAGCUGGAGAAGCAGUUGCUGGGUGGGUGGCGCGGCCUGGAGGGGGGCCUGAUCCACAAGGCCCUGCAGGACCCCAGCACAGCAGCGCAUCGGCAGGCCCUCCUCCGGCUCCUGUCCCAGGCUCUGGGCCUCGCUGGCGGAGGCGUGGGACAGAAGUUUGACCCUCAGGGACUCAAGGAGAUGGAGGGGAUCCUGCUGACUGGUGCAGUGCUCGAGGUGCUCACUUGCGGAGAGGGCGGGCACAGCGAGCUGGCCAAAAUCCUAUUGGUUCCCGAGAAGCAACAGUCGCUGCUCCAGGCCUAUGGGACGGCGGUGUGCGGUGGAGGGGCCGUCCAACGAGCUGAGAGAUUCGGCGAGAUGAGCCAGGAGCUAAAAGAACAGAUCGACACGCAGAGCAUCAUUGACAAGCUACGUCUGGAGCAAGCGAACGUCUCCGGCCUGCUCUCCCAGUCCCACCUGGGGGCUCUGCUGAAGGACCUGGCCGAUGUGGAGCGCCUCUUGAGGGACGUGGACCUGCUCUCGGGCCUGGCCCGUCUGCUGCCCAAAGGGGCGUGCGCUGGGCAUCAGGCUCCCCCGACUGCCAACGCCUCCAGAGCCGCCUGGAGCUCCAACAGCAGCAGCACCGCCGCCACCACCACCACUACCUGGGGCCCGAACACCACCGACGCUCCAACGGCUGGAGGAAUGGAGGGAGGAGGAGGAGGAGGAGGAGGAGGAGGAGGAGGAGAGGGAGCCUCUGGGAGACAGGCGGAGGGGGAGAACCCCCGCACACAGUUUUCUGCGUUCGUCCAGCUGUGGGCCGGGCUGCAGCCGAUCCUGUGUGGGAACAACAGAAUAAUUGAGCCCGAGGCGCUUAAGCAGGGCAACAUGAGCUCCCUGGGCUUCACCAGCAAAGAGCAACGCAAUCUCGGCCUACUGGUGCAUCUCAUGACUACAAAUCCCAAGAUCCUCUACUCUCCUAUCGGUUCCCAAGUGGACAAGGUCAUUCAGAAGGCCAAUGAGACGUUUGCGUUCGUGGGGAACGUGACCCACUACGCUCGCGUGUGGCUGAACAUCUCCGCCGAGCUCAGGACCUUUCUGGAGGAAGGCAAACUGCACACCCACCUGUCCUGGCUGCAACAGUUCACCUCAGACCUGCGGCAGCACCCGGAGCUGCUGAACGCCUCGGACAGUGAUCUGAUCCGCAGCCUCCUGGAGCGCAACUUCAGCCUCCCCAACACCACCACCCUGCUGGAGCAGCUGGACACCAUCGACAACGCCGCCUGCGGCUGGACGCACUUCAUGUCCAAGGUCAGUGUGGACAUCUUUAAAGGCUUUCCUGAUGAAGAGAGCAUUGUGAACUACACCCUCAACCAGGCUUACCAUGACAAUGUGUCAGUGUUUGCCAGUGUGAUUUUUCAGACCAACAAGGAUGGUUCUCUGCCUCCACACGUCAUGUACAAGAUCAGGCAGAACUCCAGCUUCACCGAGAAGACCAACGAGAUCCGCCGGGCGUACUGGCGACCCGGGCCCAACACGGGCGGAAAGUUCUACUUCCUCUACGGCUUCGUGUGGAUCCAGGACAUGAUGGAAAGAGCCAUCAUCAACACAUUUGUGGGCCAUGAUGUGGUGGAGCCAGGGAACUAUGUGCAGAUGUUCCCGUACCCCUGCUACACACGCGAUGACUUCCUGUUUGUGAUCGAGCACAUGAUGCCUCUCUGCAUGGUCAUCUCCUGGGUGUACUCAGUGGCCAUGAUGAUCCAGCACAUCGUGGCUGAGAAGGAACAUCGGCUCAAAGAGGUGAUGAAGAUGAUGGGGCUGAACAACGCCGUGCACUGGGUGGCCUGGUUCAUCACGGGCUUCGUCCAGCUCUCCAUCUCCGUGACGGCCCUGACCGUCAUCCUGAAGUAUGGCCGCGUCCUGCUGCACAGCGACCCCUUCAUCAUCUGGCUCUUCCUCAGCAUCUACGCCAUCGCCACCAUCAUGUUCUGCUUCCUGGUGUCCGUCAUCUACUCGAAGGCCAAGCUGGCGUCCGCCUGUGGCGGCAUCAUCUACUUCCUCAGCUACGUGCCCUACAUGUACGUGGCCAUACGAGAAGAGGUGGCCCACGACAAGAUCACGGCCUUCGAGAAGUGCAUCGCGUCCCUGAUGUCCACCACGGCGUUUGGCCUGGGCUCCAAGUACUUCGCCCUGUACGAGGUGGCCGGAGUGGGCAUCCAGUGGCGCACCAUCAACCAGUCCCCAGUAGAGGGCGACGACUUCAACCUGCUGCUGUCCAUGGUCAUGCUCAUCAUCGACGCCACCGUUUACGGCGUGCUGACCUGGUACAUUGAGGCCGUGCAUCCCGGUAUGUAUGGGCUUCCGCGCCCGUGGUACUUCCCCCUGCAGAAGUCCUACUGGCAGGGCAGCGGGCGCGUGGAGACCUGGGAGUGGCCCUGGGGGGGCGGUGCCAUGCUGAGCGUGAUGGAGGAGGACCAGGCCUGCGCCAUGGAGCACCGCCGCACCGAGGAGAUGCGUGGUAUUGAGGAGGAGCCCAGUCACCUGCCCCUGGUGGUGUGCAUCGACAAGCUGACCAAAGUCUACAAGACGGGCAACAAGCUGGCGCUCAACAAGCUCAGCCUCAACCUGUACGAGAACCAGGUGGUGUCCUUCCUGGGACACAACGGGGCCGGCAAGACCACCACCAUGUCCAUUCUGACCGGCCUGUUCCCGCCCACGUCCGGCUCGGCCACCAUCUACGGGCACGACAUCCGCACGGACAUGGAGCGCAUCCGGCAGAACCUGGGCAUGUGCCCGCAGCACAACGUGCUCUUCGACGCGCUGAGCGUGGAGGAGCACCUGUGGUUCUACUCGCGCCUCAAGGGCAUGGCAGAGGAGGACAUCCGCAAGGAGAUGGACAAGAUGAUCGAGGACCUGGAGCUGUCCAACAAGCGCCACAGCCUGGUGCAGACCCUGUCGGGCGGCAUGAAGAGGAAGCUGUCGGUGGCCAUCGCCUUCGUGGGCGGCUCGCGGGCCGUCAUCCUGGACGAGCCCACGGCCGGGGUGGACCCGUACGCACGCCGGGCCAUCUGGGACCUCAUCCUCAAGUACAAGCAGGGCCGCACCAUCCUGCUGUCCACCCACCACAUGGACGAGGCAGACCUGCUGGGCGACCGCAUCGCCAUCAUCUCCCACGGCAAGCUCAAGUGCUGCGGCUCCCCACUCUUCCUCAAGAGCACCUACGGCGACGGCUACAAACUCACCCUGGUCAAGAAGCAGAGAGACUCCUCCAGUGGAGCAGCCCAGGGCAGACAGCCCCCCGUCCCCCUCUCCCAGUCCCCCUCCCUGGCCCCCUCCCUGGCCCUGCCCUCGUACCUGUCUGGCUGCUCGGAGAGUCGGGUCACCCAGUUCAUCCGCCAGUUUGUGGCCUCGUGCCUGCUAGUGUCCGACACCAACACGGAGCUCUCGUACGUGCUGCCCUCCGAGGCCGCCAAGAAAGGCAGCUUCGAGAGACUCUUUCAGGCCCUGGAGCAGAGCUUGGACAGUUUGGCCCUGACUAGCUUCGGGGUGAUGGACACCACACUCGAGGAGGUCUUUCUCAAAGUCUCAGAGGAGGAUCUGUCCCAAGAGAACAGCGACGCUGACAUGAAGGACUCUCCUGGCGGUAACUCCACCGGAAAGCCCUCGUCUCUGCCGAGCGGGCCGCCGCAGGGCGACGGGCAGCCAGCAGGGGGCAGUGUGGCGCGGCCCGAGGUGGAGCUCAGUAACCUGGUCACGUGCUCGCGGCUCAGCCAGAGCCAGGGCUCCCUGCGCUCCGGCUCCUCGCUGGGGUCGGUGCGCGGCGACGAGGGCGGCCUCUACGCCGACUUCUACGGAGACUACUGCCCGCUGUUCGACCGCGGCCCGGACCCCGAGUCCGCCAGCCUGAGAGAUGAGCAGGCGUCUCCCGACCCCGUGCUGGAGGGCCAGGGCAGCUUCAAGCUGGAGGGCUGGUGGCUCAAGCUGCGCCAGUUCCACGGCCUCAUCGUCAAGAGGUACCACUGCGCCAAGAGGAACACCAAGGGCCUCUUCUCCCAGAUAAUGCUGCCCGCUUUCUUCGUCUGCGUGGCCAUGACUGUGGCCCUGUCCGUGCCCUCAAUAGGAGAUCUGCCGCCCCUGAUUCUGUCUCCGUCUCAGUAUCACAACUACACACAGCCACGGGGGAACUUCAUCCCCUACGCUAAUGAGGAUCGGCCACAAUACAGGAGUAAGCACUCUCCCGACGCCGGCCCCCAGAAGAUCAUCAACACCCUGCGCCUGCCGUCCGGUGUGGGGGCCACGUGCGUGCUCAAGACGCCCUUCAACAGCACGCUGGACCAGCUGGCCCAGACGCUCAACCCGUACGCCAACAACUCCAAGACGCUGGCGGCGCGCUACUUCGACCCCAUGUGCCUGGACUCCUUCACCCAGGGCGUGCCGCUCUCCAACUUCGUGCCGCCGCCCCCCUCCCCGGCCCCCUCGGACGACCCAGAGCCGCGAUUUGAUGACGGACCGUGGAACUACACCGCAGCGCCCCCGACCACUGUGAGAGAGAUGGUGACGUCUCCACCCACGCUGCCCCUGUCCAUCCACGAGCCGGUGAAGUGCAUCUGCUCCAUGCAGGGAACAGGCUUCUCCUGCCCCAGCGGGGUGGGCGGCCGGCCCCCCCUCACCAAGGUGGUGACGGGGGACAUCCUGGUGGACAUCACAGGGCGGAACGUCUCGGAGUAUCUGCUGUACACCUCUGACCGCGUACGGCUGCACCGAUACGGCGGACUCACGGUGGGCAACAUUCAGAAAUCCGUGCCAGCCUCGUUUGGCAGGAAGAUACCCCCCAUGGUGCGCAAGAUAGCGGUCCGGCGCUCUGCCCAGGUGCUGUACAACAACAAGGGCUACCACAGCAUGCCCACCUAUCUCAACGUGCUCAACAAUGCCAUCCUGCGUGCCAACCUGCCCCUGAACAAGGGCAACCCAGCUGCUUACGGAAUUACCCUGACGAACCACCCCAUGAAUCGAACCAGCGCCAGUUUGUCUCUGGAUUACCUGCUGCAGGGCACAGACGUGGUCAUUGCCAUCUUCAUCAUCGUGGCCAUGUCCUUUGUGCCGGCUAGCUUCGUGGUCUUCCUGGUGGCUGAGAAGUCCACCAAGGCCAAACACCUGCAGUUCGUCAGUGGGUGCGACCCUGUUAUCUACUGGCUGGCCAACUACAUCUGGGACAUGCUGAACUACUUAGUUCCAGCCACAUGCUGCGUCCUGAUCCUGUUUGUGUUCGACCUCCCGGCGUACACCUCCCCUAAAAACUUCCCCGCCGUCCUCUCCCUCUUUCUGCUGUACGGCUGGUCCAUCACUCCCAUCAUGUACCCAGCCUCGUUCUGGUUCGAGGUCCCCAGCACAGCGUAUGUCUUCCUCAUAGUCAUCAACCUCUUCAUCGGCAUCACCGCUACCGUGGCAACCUUCCUCCUGCAGCUGUUUGAGCAUGACAAGGAUCUCAAGUUGGUGAACAGCUACCUGAAGUCAUGUUUCCUCAUCUUCCCCAACUACAACCUGGGCCAUGGCCUCAUGGAGUUGGCUUACAAUGAGUACAUCAAUGAAUACUAUGCUAAGAUAGGUCAGUUUGACAAGGUGAAGUCUCCGUUUGAAUGGGACAUUGUUACACGCGGCCUAGUUGCCAUGACGAUUGAAGGGUUCGUGGGCUUCCUCAUCACCAUCCUGUGUCAGUACAACUUCCUGAGGAAACCACAGAGGAUGCCGGUGAGCAGCCAGCCCAUAGAGGACGAUGACGUGGACGUGGCUUGUGAGAGGCGGCGCGUGCUCAGAGGAGAUGCGGACAACGACAUGCUGAAGAUCGACAACCUCACCAAGGUGUACAAGUCCAGGAAGAUGGGCCGCAUCCUGGCGGUGGACCGGCUGUGUCUGGGGGUGAGACCUGGGGAGUGCUUCGGCCUGCUGGGGGUCAAUGGAGCAGGGAAGACCACCACGUUCAAGAUGCUGACGGGAGACGAGACCACCACAGGAGGAGAGGCCUUCAUCGGCGGGCGCAGUGUCCUGCGCGAGCUGCUCAAGGUGCAGCAGAGCAUCGGCUACUGCCCUCAGUUUGACGCCCUGUUCGAGGACCUCACGGCCAGGGAGCACCUGGAGCUCUACACCCGCCUGAGGGGCAUCCCCUGGAAGGACGAGGAGAGGGUGGUGCAGUGGGCCUUGGAGAAGCUGGAGCUCACUAAGUAUGCAGACAAGCCAGCUGGCACCUACAGCGGAGGGAACAAGCGCAAGCUGUCCACGGCCAUCGCCCUCAUCGGCUACCCCUCGCUCAUCUUCCUGGAUGAGCCCUACACAGGCAUGGACCCAAAAGCCAGACGCUUCCUGUGGAACCUCAUCAUCGACAUCAUCAAAACGGGACGCUCAGUGGUGCUUACAUCACACAGUAUGGAAGAAUGCGAGGCGUUGUGCACAAGACUGGGCAUUAUGGUCAAUGGCAGAUUCAAAUGCUUAGGCAGUAUACAGCACCUUAAGAACAGAUUUGGUGAUGGCUAUAUGAUCACAGUCCGCACCAAAACCACAAGCAGUGUGAAAGAGGUGGUGAAAUUCUUCAAUAGGAACUUUCCAGAAGCUAUACUUAAGGAGCGACACCAUACCAAAAUCCAGUAUCAGCUGAAACCCGAGCGUAUUUCUCUGGCGCAAGUCUUCAGUAAGAUGGAGCAGGUGGUGGAGGUGCUGAGCAUUGAAGAUUACUCCGUCAGUCAGACCACACUGGACAAUGUUUUUGUCAACUUCGCCAAAAAGCAAAGCGACAACCUGGAGCAGCAGGAGAGCUCGCCCCCCGGUGGCGGCCAGUCGCCACUGCAGCGCCUGCUCAACAUCCUGCGCCCCCAGACAGCCAACACGGAGCUCAACGCCCUGGUGUGUGAGGAGCCAGAGGAGCUGGAGAGCGACGAUGAUGAAGGGCUCAUCAGCUUCGAGGAAGAGAGGGUCCAGCUGUCUUUCAACACGGACACUCUCUUGCUGAGAACAGGGGCCUCCUCAAACACACAAAAAACAAACAAACAAACAAACACACAAACAACAAACACAAACAAACAUCAAGCCUCAGGCUCAGACGUCGGAUCCUGACAAACGAAAGAGACGGUUUUAAGGAAUCUCUUUGAAAACAAGAGCACUCUUCAUCUGGCUGUGUGUGUCUGCUUGGGAGGAGGCACUCUUCUUCUUCUUCUUCUUCUUCUUCAGAGUGCACUAAAAGAAGGGUGAGUACGAGGGGGUACGCAACCUGCUGAACGCACAUAAGACUCAAGUCUGAGGCAGAGACUCAGGCCAGACUAACACCUCAUCACAUGGCCGAGGCCGAGGCUGAGGCUGAGGCUGGCUUGACGGUGUGAAGGAUCGAGAGGAGAGCCUCUGAUCAUGGCCUCCAUACCGGUACAGGAUAAUGAGAACGCUUGCUUUUAUGAAGACGGUGUAGGUAUUCCAGCGAAAUGCACAUGUAUUUGUUUUUUUUUUUUACUUCUCGGAGCUGUUUGGCAAUGUUGACAAAUGGUCAAAACAGAGUUAAGUGGAGGGAGAGCUAGGAUAGAGGUGACUUGUUUGAUUCCCGAGUCUGUUUAUUGUGGUGUUUGUGCCACUGAUGUCAGAAGAUGAGUUUAUCAUCCACAACAUGUUUUGAUCACAAAGCAUCUCUUACCUCUUAAUUAAAUGUUUGCUUUGGAGCGUUGUUUGACUAAGUUAUCAUAAAUAAUGCGUUUUUAUUUCAGCUACAGGAGCGAUGUAACUACACAAACCCCCUUGUUGAAACUGUUAAUCAUGUUGUUGUUUUUUUAAGUUGUACCUGCCUUGAAAGCAUGCGUAUAGUGUCAGACUUGUAUUGUGUCAUAUCUACAUUUUUGCUGUGGUAAGAAGAAUGAUAUAUUUUGAAUAGUGAAAUGUUUUGGACACAUGGAUGUGGUUCAUUUAAUAAAUGAUUGCUGGUUUCUUAAUGCACCUGAGGUGCUGUCUUUCGACAGGAAACACUGGAGAAAAUGGUUUGUGUCCUGAUUCGUAGGCCUUUAAAAUGGUUUGUCUCCUGAUUCGUAGGCCUUUAAAAUGGUUUGUGUCCUGAUUCGUAGGCCUUUAAAAUGACUUGACUGACCCCAUUGAAGUGGAAACUGCCCUCCACAUACUCUAGGUCCUGUAUCUUCACGUACGAGAAUGUAAAUGGCAUGAAAAUGUUUUGCACAGAAUCUGGUGCCUCCUAAAAGCUUGAGCCUCUUCGUUGUGAAUAUAAAUAUGUAUAGGUAUGUGUGUGUUUGUGUGUAUGUGUGUGUAUGUACACACACACACACACACACACACUUUAUCUUUCUUUCAUGAAUUCAUUCUCUUUUGCCUCAUGAAUGGAGCACUUUGAAACACUUUCUUCUCUUUUCCUCUAACUUGUUUAUUAUUCGCAAUAUCCUUUGUAUGUUUAAUUAUCUUAUAGUUUAGGUAGUCAGUACUCUUUAGUCAAAUGCAGGAACUAAUACUGUUAAAUUGUUUAACUGGAUCAUAUAAGAACUAGGGUCACUUACAAGAUAUCUUUGCUACAAAGACCUAUCAAACUCACGUACCAUCACUGUGAUACAAACGCAAACACUCAAGGUUUUUCAAGUGUUUGGACAGUGAAGGACAGCAUGGAAAUUGAAAAAAAAUAUUUUGAAUACAGCCACGUCCGUAUUGCUAAUGGAAGAAAUACGAUUUUAUUUUUUGUUCUUGAAUUUUGUACUGGUGUGUGAGCCAUAAUAUGAUUGUUUUGAACUACAGUUGAGAGUCUUUUGUGUUUCUCCUGCUGUCUUGAUUAAUUUACCAUGAUCAUUUCAGUUGUUGUAUCUCAGUUUUCUGAACUUUUUGUUUUCGACUCCGUAAUUUACUCUGAAACCAUCUGGCACUUGGCUUGUUCAUAAAAUUGGACCAGUGUGUUUUUUUUUUCUCUCCUUUUGUCCAAUUCAGAAAGUUAUAGUUAAAAAAAAUCCAUGGUACUUUUGAAAAAGGAUAGGCAACGACAGAUUUAUAUUUUCUUAGAAUGUAUAGAGAAGACUAAAGCAUAUGGAAUGAAAAGGGGUGUGACCCUGGAUAUGUUUUAUAAGACAGAAGACCAAAGGAAAAACAAAUGACUUCAUUCUGCACGGAAUGUGAAUGUGUUUAACUAAGUGUGUUUCAAAAAUGUACGAUGCAUCCUGUUUCGUAAAAAAAACUUUUAAAACUAUCUAACUUAGGAGGUGGGGAAAGUCGUUUGUCAUCACUAACACUGUAAGGUCAAAUUGUUAACUUGAACAUUCACCUGUGUAACUCCGAUAGUGACCGUCAUGCUCGGCUUAGGUCAGAGCUCUGUGAAACCUCAACGUUUGUGUAAACAGCAGGUUUGAUCGUGUAACCUUACCAACCCAUGCCAAACUCUAGAUAGCAAAAGCCUUGACCAGCAUUCUGAUUUAAUUGACAGUGUACUUUUUUUUUCCAAGAUGGCAAAGACGUCUCCUCCUUUGAGUGAAUGUGCUGCUUGAAGCCCUGGAGAAAAUCAGUGCUGUAGGGGCUAGUGCACCAGCAGGGUGAAAGCUAGGUUCCAUAAAUGACCUGCAACGGAUCUUUUGAGGGAAAUGGACCUAGUGGUUCUUUUGUUUUAAUCUGGAGCAAUGUGCUUUGGGGAUGUAUCUUAUGUAUGUGUAUAUGAAUAUAAAUAUAUUUAUAUUUUAUGAAUGUCUGUUAGGUUUUUGUUUUUUCAUUCAACCUUUGUUCUAAUUGGUUGUCAUGUAACAUUUUUACUUGGACAUUUUGAGCUUGUUUCUAAUGUGUUGUUUCCAUAAUCUUGUGUUUCAAAUGAGGUGAUCUGGUGUUUUUAAUAUUACAGACAAGUGAAGGAAAAAAAUAAAUAUGGUGAACUUC